AUGGAUGACCCGCGCCCUGUGCUAUCCGUCAUCUGGGUAGCUCCGUUUGUACAUGCGUGUGGAUAUGGAACCGAGGCGCUGGCUACUCUUCGGGCCAUCGCCGCUGCUGCUGCCAUGCUCGAUGGCCGAGUCGAGCAUGAGCUGGUCGUCGGCGCUCUCCAUGGUGGUCUUCCGCUCGAAGUCGAGCACCUCGCCCGCCUCGACAAUGACGAGGCCGUGUUUCUCAUGGCUGCUCUGCAGCAAGCUGAAGUCAUCCAGCUAGCAGACGAGACUCGCGCCGAUGCCCUCGUCGGCCGCACCAUGUUCGAGACCGACUCGGUUCCAGAGGCGUGGCUCGCGACGUUGCGAUCGGCAGACACACUCUGGCUGCCCACGCCGCACGCCACUGCUAUCUUUGCCGACGCACUCGACAACCAUGUGCCCGUCGAAGCGCUCGGCCAGACCGUCGACAUGACGCUCUUUGCGGCAUCGCCCGACUCGCUGCCCGAGCUCGACUCUGUCUUUCUCUAUGUUGGUCGCUGGACCUCCCGCAAGAACGUUGCCGGCCUCAUCGCCGCCUACCUCGCUGCCUUUACCGAACGCGACCGCGUCCGCCUCGUCCUUCACACCCAGGUUCCCGGCGGCAGUCUCGACCACGCCAUUGCAGCCAUCGUAGCAGACUCGCCGGCGCUCGCGGGUCGCGACCAAGCCACCUUUCCGCUCAUCGAGGCCUCGACAGCCGUACUCUCCUCGCAAGGCAUGGCCGAGCUCCUCCGAUCAGCUUCGGUUGUUGUCCUUCCGUCCCACGGCGAAGGCUGGGGCCGUCCGCUGAUGGAGGCCAUGGCUGUCGGGCGGCCCGUUGUCGGAGUUGCCUUUGCCGGCCCGCCAGCUUUUGUCACUCCGGAUGCUGGCUGGCUCCUUGAUCCACACCCGCUCGUCUCCUUUGCCUCUACCAUCGGCGCAGACCACUAUCCCGGCCACCGCUGGGCCCGCGUCUCGACGCCCGACCUCGCACGCAUCCUCCGUCUUAUCGCUGAUCUUCCUCACUCCGAUCUCGUUGCUCGCGGCCGCGCAGCUGCCGCCGCCAUCCGUGCUUCGCACGCCUUUCCCACUAUCGGCGCCCAGUACAUCGCCGCCCUCCUCCGGGUCAUUCUCUCGCCCCAUCUCGACGCCGAACCGGUGCCCACCUUACCACAUCGCGCUCGCCCGGGAAAUGGAACGGUGCCGCAAACCUACUUUUCGGUCCUCAAUCAUCUCAUGAUCGUCGCCGAGAUGCAUGGCGCUAUUGCAGAGCGAUUGACGGCAAAGUCUCUGCCUAUGCUCACAGACUCGAUCCGGGACUUUGGCCCAACUGUCAAGCAUCUUUCAUCCCGCGUUGCUUCGCUCGAGCGCGAGCAUGAGCUGCGAAAGGAGCGGAUGGCUCGGACUCGGGCAGAGUACAACGCGGCAUCGGCGUCGUGUGUGGCAGAAAAGAAGGCGCUGCAGGCCAUGAGCGUCGGAGAGAAGGAGGCUGUCAUCGCCCGCCAGAUCGUGGUAGCGAAGAAAGCUGCCCAGCGCGAGUCGUCGGCCCGCGCCGCCUUUCGCGAUGCCAUAGAGGACUUUAACGCCUUUCAGGCUGACGAGUAUCUGCCGGGCCUGACGGCGGCGAUGCAGGAGGCCGAGAUCUCGGAGCGCCAGCGGCUUAAUGUUCUCCGCGCUGGCCUCCGCACCGUCUUUCGAGCCUACCACCCCACCAACUCGGAUGUCAGCACGCACACGCUCGCCCUCUCGGCCAAGUACGAGGCGCUCGACGUCGAAAAAGACAUCACCAUGCUUGUCGACAUGUUUGCCACCAAGGCGCCCAUGCCCGAGCCCAUUGUCGAGGACUUGCGGACCCAUGAGGAGCGGGUUGCAGAGUUCAAGACUGCCUUCCGCGAAGUCUUUGGCGAGCCAUAUGAGAUCGAGCGCCACGAGCGCCGUCUGCAGCGCGCGCUUCGUCGCUCGCGCCGCCGCCGCGAGUCCGAAGCUGCCGAGAUCGCCGCACGUGUUUCCGGCUCACCCACAGUCCGCCGCCGCAAGUCGACCCGCCGCUCGCGGACCAUUUCCACCGCCAACACGGCUCGGUCCGCGCCGGUUGUCGAGUCCGCUGUCGCCGGCUCGCCCGCCUGGUCCGCCCACGUCGCCGAAACCGCUACCCCGGUUCCGGCCUCUGCAGAGCUCGUGACCGACAUGCCUGACAUGAAAUCGCCGCCGCCGGUCGCUGCCAAGUCGGAAGCCACGCACCGGGUCGCCGACCUCAUCCGCAAUCAGAAGCGGUUCUCCACCUUUGCCUUUGAGCGGCGCGACACCGCUUUUGGAGGCUCGUCCCCUGUCACCGAGGACGUCGCCUCGGCAGGCUCUGCUGACUCGGACGCCACUAGCGUCGAGCCGCAGGCGGGCGACGUCGACCACUUUGCAGGCUCUGCGGCCCUUAUGACCAUCUCGUCCGACGACGAUGUAGUCCUGGCGCUCCGCGAGGUGGCGCCUCGGAACUCGGUUGCUCUCGACAAUCUCGACCUGGCGAUUGCGCAGCAUCCAGCCGCCGGCAACAUGGCUCCUGUGACCGAGUCGACCGAGGCCGGGGCCGAGGCCGGGGCCGAGGCCGGGGCUGAGGCUGAGGCCGAGACUGAGGCUGAGAUCGAGACCGAGAUCCAGGCCGAGAAUGUGACCAAGUAUGAGACUGAGACUGCGGCUGAGACCGAGACUGAGGCCGAGACCGAGACUGAGGCCGGGACCGAGGCCAAGACUGUGGCCGAGACCGAGACCGGGGUCGUCCGCAACACUGCGAGCCUGCCCGCGACGCAAGUCGUGGAAGAAGCACUCGAAUGCGAGGCUGCGCGUGGAGCGCAGGUCCGUAUGACAGACUUUCGCAGCGACGAGAUUACUGAGGCCUGGCGACUCGGCCACGAGCUGCUUGGCCGUGAGGCUGCACUGCUGCCAACAACACCACUGGCGAGCCGGCUAUCGGACAACGUGGCCGAGGCCAUCGACCUGGCGGCAGAUCUGCUGGGUGUGUCCGCCAGUGAGCUGCUCGUGGCGGACGAUACAUGCGGCGCCGAGCCUGAGCCGAGCCCCGAGCAUGAGUCCAAGCUGGAGCCAAGCUCGCCACCGCCACCUGACCUGGAUGCGUACUCGCCGGCCGCAGUGACAGCUGCGAGCGCCGCCGCAGGUGCGGCCGGCGCGGCGGCAGUGAGUGCGACGCUGCUGCCAACGCCACCGUUGCCACCCGACGAGAUGGAGGCGCUCGGUGAUGCCGAGCUGGCCGCCCUUCUUGAACCGCAGUCGCCGUCAGCCGACUCGAUGGCGUCGUCGGUCUCAAUGAGUAUGCUGGCAAGCCCCGAGGUCCAGGCCGAGCUGGACCAGAUCGACGCCGACCUCGGCCUCGACGAGUAUGCCUCGCUCCCUGUUUCGGCGCCCAAUGUGGGCACACAGUCGGGCUCGGCUAGCGGUGUCGACGUCGACGUUGACGCCCUCGCCUCGUUCAUCAUGUCGCCGGACGGGACCGAGGACUCGCCGCUCUGGCAAGCGGUCAUGAGCGGAUCGCCGAGCUCGCCGCUGGGCGUGGCGAUUGCGGACGAGUCGUUGUCCCUGACCUCGCCCGAGUCGAAUGCACUGGGCACCGGCGAGCAGACGGCUUCGUCGUUUGAGUCCAAGCCGCAACCAGAGUCGCUGCCUGUGAUCAAGGUCCGACCGGGACGGGCGGUGACCGAGGCCGCGAUUGCGUCGAAGCGAGCAAGCGUGGCGGCCAAGCGCGGGUCCAAGUUUGGCAUGGUCCGUGAAUGGGACGUUGUGGCCGCAGAGCGAACAAUGCUCUUUGGAUUCAUGGUCAAGCAAGGCGGCGGACGCGGUGGGCGGAAGAGCUGGAAGAAGCGCUGGUUUGUGCUCACCUCGCGGGCGCUGACGUACGCCACAAAGAAGGGCAAGGAUCCCAAGGGCUCCAUUUUUGUCUCGGCCAUGCGCGCGGUGGGAACGUCGGACGAGGCGCGGCGUGGCGAGACGUGCAUUGUGCUCGAGACCAUCACGCGGACGUACUACUUUUACCCUGCAGGCGACGGCGACGACCAGGCCGCGACGGUCAAGUCGUGGGUGACCAUGCUCAACUCGCUCAUAUCGUCGGGUGGUGUCGGCUCCAACUCGCGGUCGCGUCUUAUCUCAUUUUCGUCCGGCCUGCAGGACGACUCGCUGCUGGCUGAGUCUGGAGCAGCCGAUGGGCUCGAUGUAACCUCCACCGAGCUGGUGGUGCUGGAGGGCCAGCUCAAGUUUGCCACAGGCGCGCCGCUGCUGAUCAACUCGGCGACGGCCGGCUCGUCGUCGUCGGUGGUGGUGCGAUACUGCGUCCUCACCCCUCACUCGUUUGUGGUCCGAAAGAAGGAGAGCGCGACCAAGGCCAAGCACACGGUGCGCUGCGCACACAUCCUGCACCUCAUCGGCCACGAGCCCGGCUCCAAGCCGUCGCACGGGUUCUCGAUCCAGACGCCAGACGUGCUGAUCCGCCUGUACGCGUCGAAUGGCGUCGAGAUGUACGAGUGGAUUCAGGCCUUCCAGCUCGUCAUUCGCUCACAUCGCCGUGCUGCGGCCAAGCCAUCGGCGAGCGAAGGUGGCUUGAGCAUCGCCGCCGCCGCCGAAGCUCUUUCCUCGCCGCCGCCCUCCUCGUCGUGA